AUGGAGGACGAGGAAGACGAGACAGUGCAGGAAAAAAGUUUCGCUGAAGACGAGCGGGUGCAGUUCGUUGGCCUUCGCCUGGCCCAUUUGUUAAGGCUCAAAGAAGACAGAUGGAGCAAGUUUCUGGAAGAAGAACAGAAUCAAAAGCUCGUGGCGGACUUUUUAGAGAGUAACCACCCGGCUUUCUUGGCCUUCUACUUCUCUGUGGCCGGAGAAUUGGCUAUGGAGACAAAGAUACCAAGUGUAAUAAAACAUAAACUUGUAUGUGUUAUGAAGACUGCAAAUUGCAUUGGAACAGAAAACUACAAAGAAGACCUCAAAUUGUUAGAACUAUCCGGGAUACCCUUGGAGCAUGUAAUUGUGUUCUUAGAGAAGGUUGUAGGUCCUGUUUUUUCCAGUAAGAAAAAUAAUGGAUCUUGGCCACAUGUUAUUUCCCAGGAUAUGGAGCGGCAUAUAGAGAUAAUUAAAAAUAAGACCUAUGUUAUGAAUGGAAUUGUGUCUGGGAAAAUUCUCCUUCCUCUUCCAACAAUUGCAACAAAGACCGAUUUGCAGGAUAUGUGCACUGAAAAUAAGCAGAAUUCUCAGACAAGGUCAGCACUUCAUGAAAUAGAAUCAAUGGUUAUCAAGUGGUCACGUCAGAUAAAAGACAUUUUGGAAAGGAAUACAGCUCAAUCGUCUUUUAACCAGGUUCACCCAGAUCCUCAGAGUGAACUUAAGUUUUGGAAAGAAAGAAAAGACAAUCUCUUGUGUAUAUAUGAUCAGCUUAAGAGCCCUAUUAUCCAAAAAUUGAUUGGAAUCUUAAAAACCAAGAAGAGCAGUUAUUAUCCAGCUUUUCAGGAUAUUUAUAAGGAUGUAGAAAAUGCACUUAUUGAAGCCCAAGAUAUUGAAUUAUAUCUUAAAACUUUAGAAAGUCAUAUUCAAUUUUUUCAAGAGACCGAAUUUCCAGGGAUACAUAUUUUGAUUCGUCCUCUGUUUCAUACCAUCUGCCUAAUCUGGAGUAAUUCCAAAUUUUACAACAUGCCAGCACGAAUCAUAUCUCUACUGCAGGAAUUCUGCAAUCUGUUCAUUCAUCAGGCUACAUUGUAUCUUUCUCCAGAAGAUAUUAUGAAAAGGGAAGCAGAAGAAACUUUGGAACAAGUACAAAGUGCUCUUAAUACUUUAAGAAGUUUUAAGGAUGCCUUUUUUAAUGAAAGAAAACAAAUGGCAACUUAUUUCACUAGCAGUCAAGAAGUUAGAUUUUGGGAUUUUCAACCACAGAUGGUAUUUUCCAGAUUUGACAUGUUUUUAAAUCGCCUGGAGAAAAUAGAGAAUAUUUUUGUUACUAUGCUUGAGUUUGAAAAGUUGGAGAAACUGGAAUUUGGUGGAAUCAAAGGAAAAUGUUUAAAUGCUCACAUAAGCAAAUUGAAUGAAGAAUUUAUUGAGUUUUGUAACACUUUUAAAGAGAAAACAUAUGAUCCUUUAGACUACAACAAUAUGGAAUUUGAAGAAGACUACUCUGAUUUUAAACACAAAAAUUUGGAAUUUGAAAGGCGUCUUGGAGCAAUUUUUUGUGUGGCAUUUCUUGAUUGUUCAGGUUUGGAGUCAGCAUUUAAGCUUAUAACCAUUCUUGGAUCUUUUCUGGAGAAACCAAUUAUUGUAGAAAUGUUCAGCGCAAAUUAUAAGAUCUUGCUACAGAUGUUUGAUGAAGAGUUGAGAAAUUGUAAAUACUUGUAUGAUGAACACAUUAAACAGGAGGAAGAGGGGAAUGAAAUCAUAAACAAAAACAUGUCAUCUACUUCAGGAAACCUUAAAUGGUCUCAAGAAAUUAAAGCCCGCAUAUUGUCAUUUUGGUCAAACUUCUCAUUUGUUCCCCAACAAAUCCUGGAAAAUUCUGAAGCUGCUGUAAUUUAUCAGAAAUAUAUAGAAAUACUGAAAUUAUUUGACCAAUAUGAAGAGCAGAUCUAUUUUAAAUGGAAAUCCAAGGUGGAUGAUAUUUGUCUGUUUAAUUUAGAUCAACCUUUGAUUAAGCGAAAUGGUAAAGAUGGUCUCCUUAGUGUGAAUUUUGAUCCUAAGCUCGUAGCUAUUUUAAGAGAUGUGAAAUAUCUCUUGCUUAUGGAUCAGCCCAAUAUUCCAAGUUCGGCAUUAGAGUUAUACAAGAAAAAGGGGAUAUUUGCUAAGUAUACAGGAAAUCUUGAACUUGUAGUCCAAUGGUACAACAAAGUUAAACAGACUGUUUUAGAGGUAGAAUACCCUCUGGUUGAAAAAGAGCUGAUAGCUGCUGAUAACCUGCUAAAAGAAGCAGAAGAAAAACUUACCUGGCAGAAAGAAAAUUGCUGGGAAUAUAUUGAGUGUAUAAAAGCCAAAGUUCAUGAUUUGGAACAUAGACUUCAAAAGUCAAAGGACAAUAUUAAGACUAUCCAACAAAUUAUGAAUUAUUGGAUGGAGCAGCCUUUCUUUUCUAGAAAAGAUAACAGAAAAGAAGCUUUGUUAAAUCUAGAAGACAAAGAAGACAAAGUUGCUAAAAAAUUCAUAUCAUUCCAAGAAGAUGGUUGCAGGAUGCAUAAACUUGUAGAGGAAAACUUAAAGCUCUUUAAAGCUGACCCGGAUUCAGAUUCUUGGAAGAUUUACCUGGAGUUUGUUGAUGACAUCAUUGCUGAUGGCUUUUUUAAUGCCAUAAUGUAUAAUUUAAACUUCUUUUUGGAAAACACAGAGCAAGUUUUAAAGCCAGCACCAUUAUUUCAAGUUCAGAUGAUCCUAAGUGCUGUAGAAAUUGAAUUUAGACCUUCACUGGACAAAGAAGCUGGUGAUGGCUUUUAUGAUUUAAUAGAUGAUCUUUUAAGCAAUAUUUUCAAAAUAUCUGCUCAGGUGAAAAGAAUGGCAUCACACCUUGAAAUACAGCAUUACCAGAAUGAUAUGGGUGAGAUAUCAGAGCUAUACAGUACCAGGGAAAAACUUAUGAACAGAGUGGCAGAUGUUACUACUGAAGCCAUGAACUUCAAAAACUCCCUCGACUGUUACGCAUAUCUCUGGGUAGAUGACAGAUCAGAAUUUAUGAAACAAUUUCUCUUCUAUGGACAUGUAUGGACUGAAGAAAGAGAGAUAAUUACAGAUGUUGACACAUCUGAUCAACACCCAACUGCUGAGCUGUUUAAAGAACAGAUUGACAUAUAUGAGAAUCUUUACAUUCAGAUGAGCAAAUUUGAAGAUUUCAGAAUUUUUGAAGGCUGGCUUAAAGUGGACUUGAAACCUUUCAAACAUAGUUUGCUAAAUGUUAUUAAGAAAUGGAGCUGGAUGUUCAAAGAAUACCUUGUGAAAUUUGUCACUGAUAGCCUAGCUGACCUAGAAGAGUUCAUUAAAAUGACAAACUUUGGACUCCAAAAACAGUUGUCAGAAAUAGACUAUAAUGGACUCAUAGACAUUAUGUUUCACCUCUUGGCUGUCAGGGAUAGACAGUCAGCUACUGAUGGCCUUUUUGAACCUCUAAAGGAUACCAUUGUACUCUUGGAAAACUAUGGGCAGAAGAUGCCAGAUCAUAUUUACGUUCAAGUAGAGGAACUGCCUGAAAAAUGGAAUGCCACCAAAAAACUUGCUGUGUCUGUAAAGCACGAAGUGGUUCCUUUUUUGACUUCUGAGGUCACUAUUCUCAGAAAAAAAUGUGCUGCUUUUGAUGGAAAGCAGAUAGGAUUCAGAGAAAGAUUUAGAGCAGAUGCUCCUUUUCAUUUUGAUGCCCAAAACCCAUAUGCACUUCUUGAUAAGGCAAAUCAGGAACUAGAAAGAAUGGAAGAAGAAAUGUUGCACCUACAUGAAACUGCCAACCUUUUUGAAGUGACUAUUCCAGAGUAUAAACAAAUAAAAGAAUGUCGCAAAGAAAUAAAGUUGCUGAAAGGAGUGUGGGAUAUUAAUAUUUAUGUCACAAGCAGCAUUGACAACUGGACCAAAAGGCAUUGGAGAGAGAUUAGUAUGGAACAGAUGGAGGUUGAACUCAGAAGAUUUGCAAAAGAGAUAUGGUCCCUGGAUAAAGAGGUUCGUUCCUGGAAUGUAUAUACAAGCCUAGAAUUAACUAUUAAGAACCUUUUGACAUCACUGAGAGUUGUAAUAGAAUUGCAGAAUCCAGCAAUUCGAGAUCGACACUGGUAUCAGCUCAUGGAGACCAUAGGCGUUCCGUUUUCCAUAACUGAAGAUACAACUUUAGCUAAUCUGCUGGCACUGAAUCUGCAUAAUGUGGAAGAUGAUGUCCGAAACAUUGUUGACAAAGCAGGAAAAGAACUUGGAAUUGAGAAGAUUCUGAUAGAAAUUAGUCAAACAUGGGCUGCAAUGGAGUUUUCUUAUGAACAACAUUUCAGGACCAAUAUUUCCUUGCUGAAAAUAGACGAACAGCUUUUUGAGACUUUAGAUAAUAAUCAAAUUCAGUUGCAAACAGUUCUGCAAAGUAAAUAUGUUGAAUAUUUCAUUGAACAAGUAUUAACUUGGCAAAAAAAGCUGAAUAUGGCAGACUCUGUCAUUUAUAUAUGGAUGGAAGUUCAGCAUACAUGGUCUCAUCUCGAAAGCAUUUUCAUUGGUUCAAAUGACAUCAGAGAACAGCUUCCUGAAGAUUCAAAGAGAUUUGAUUGCAUUGAUAUGGAUUUUAAGGAAUUAAUGAAUGAUUCAACAAAUACCAGAAAUGUAUUGGAAGCAGCAACCAAGCCUAAUAUGCAUGAAAAACUUCAAGAUUUGCAGCAUAGACUCUCACUUUGUGAAAACGCUCUUGCUGAAUACUUGGAGACCAAACGUUUAGCUUUUCCCCGGUUCUAUUUUGUUUCAUCUGCUGAUCUGCUAGAUAUUCUUUCAAAAGGAGCACAACCUAAACAGGUGACUUGCCAUCUUAUUAAACUUUUUGACAAUACUGCUGAUCUUAAAUUUCAAGACAAUGAAGAUGAACACAGCAAUAUUGUAUUAGGGAUGUAUAGCAAAGAAAAGGAAUAUGUCCCGUUCAAUGAACAACUUGAAUGUAGUGGUCAGGUAGAAACCUGGUUAAAAUGCCUGGAAGAUACCAUGCACGAAUCAGUACGUUAUCACAUCAUAGAAGCUAUUUCUGUUUAUGAGGAAAAACCAAGAGAACAGUGGAUCAUUGAUUAUCCUGCACAAGUAGCACUUACUGGUUCUCAAAUCUGGUGGACUACAGAUGUGGGAAUAGCAUUCAGCAGGCUUGAAGAAGGAUUUGAAACUGCUUUGAAAGAUUAUCAUAAGAAACAGGUUACUCAGCUAAAUGCUCUUAUUGCCCUACUACUGGGUGACCUGACACCAAGUGACAGACAGAAGAUUAUGACUAUUUGUACAGUAGAUGUACAUGCUAGGGAUGUGGUGGCAAAGCUUCUAUCUCAGAAGGUUGCUAGUUCCCAAGCUUUCCCUUGGCUUUCGCAACUACGCCAUAGAUGGGAUUGGACCCUAAAACACUGCUUUGUCAACAUUUGUGAUGCUCAGUUUCAAUAUUAUUAUGAGUAUUUGGGAAAUACUCCUCGGCUAGUUAUUACACCUUUGACUGACAGGUGUUACAUUACUCUUACUCAAUCUCUACACCUAACCAUGAGUGGGGCUCCUGCAGGUCCUGCUGGGACAGGCAAAACAGAAACCACAAAGGAUCUUGGACAUGCACUUGGAAUGAUGGUGUAUGUUUUCAACUGUUCUGAACAGAUGGAUUACAAGUCUAUAGGAAAUAUCUAUAAAGGUUUGGUUCAAACAGGCGCUUGGGGGUGCUUUGAUGAAUUCAACCGAAUUUCAGUAGAAGUUCUUUCAGUGGUGGCAGUGCAAGUAAAAACUAUCCAUGAUGCCAUCAGACAUAACAAAAAACAAUUCGUUUUCCUUGGAGAAAACAUCACAUUGAAAGCAUCAGUGGGAAUAUUUAUUACUAUGAAUCCAGGCUAUGCUGGCCGAACAGAAUUACCUGAAAAUCUUAAAGCUCUAUUCAGACCCUGUGCAAUGGUGGUCCCUGACAUUGAACUAAUCUGUGAAAUAAUGCUGGUUGCUGAAGGGUUUAUUGAUGCACGGUUCUUAGCCAGAAAGUUUGUUACCCUGUAUACUCUUUGUAAAGAGCUUGUCUCCAAGCAGGAUCAUUAUGAUUGGGGUCUUCGGGCUAUUAAAUCUGUCUUGGUAGUUGCUGGGUCUCUGAAGCGAGGAGAUAAGACUAGACCUGAAGACCAGAUACUUAUGCGAGCCUUGAGGGACUUCAAUUUGCCUAGGAUAGUGACAGAUGAUAUCCCCAUUUUCAUGGGCUUAAUUAGUGACCUCUUUCCAGCUCUGGAUGUUCCAAGGAAAAGGGACUUGCAAUUUGAACAGAUGGUUAAACAAUCUACCCUGGAGCUUCACUUACAGCCUGAGGAGACCUUCAUUCUGAAAGUUGUUCAGCUCGAGGAAUUGCUGGCAGUGCGUCAUUCUGUCUUUGUAGUGGGAAAUGCAGGAACAGGAAAAAGCAAGAUUCUGAAAACCCUGAAUAAGACUUAUAUGAUCAUGAAGCAGAAGCCUGUUUGGAAUGAUUUGAACCCUAAGGCUGUGACUACUGAUGAGCUCUUUGGGUUCAUACAUCAUGCUACAAGAGAAUGGAAAGAUGGCAAGUGUAUUUACACACAUUUCUCAGGACUCUUUUCCUCUCUUUUGAGAGAACAAGCAAAUAUGAGCCAUAAUUGGCCAAAAUGGAUUGUCUUAGAUGGAGAUAUAGAUCCUAUGUGGAUUGAAUCGCUCAAUACUGUUAUGGAUGAUAACAAGGUGCUGACACUUGCCAGCAAUGAACGGAUUCCUUUGACACCAUCAAUGAGACUGCUAUUUGAGAUACACCAUUUGAAAACAGCCACCCCUGCUACAGUGUCAAGAGCAGGAAUUUUGUAUGUGAAUCCACAGGAUCUUGGUUGGAAUCCAUAUGUUGCAAGCUGGAUAGAAUCAAGGACAGAUCAAUCUGAAAAAGCAAAUUUGACUAUUCUCUUUGAUAAAUAUGUUCCUCCAUGUUUGGAUCAACUCAGAACAAACUUUAAAACUAUAAUUCCAAUAUCUGAGAAUAGCAUUGUGCAGACUCUUUGUACUCUCCUUGACUGUUUAUUGACCUCUGAAAAUAUGUCCCCUGAUGGACCUAGAGACCUAUAUGAAACAUAUUUUGCCUUCGCCUGUGUGUGGGCAUUUGGUGGGGCUCUAUUUCAAGACCAGCUUUACAGUUACCGAGCUGAAUUUAGCCAAUGGUGGCUUAAAGAGAUGAAAUUUGUGAAGUUUCCUUCUCAUGGUACAAUAUUUGACUAUUAUCUUGACCCCAAAACUAAGAAAUUUUUCUCUUGGAAUGAUAAAAUUAGCAGUUUUGUCAUGGAUCCAGAAACACCCUUUCAGGCAGAGCUUGUUCACACAUCUGAAACCACAUGUCUUAAAUAUUUUGUGGAACUGCUAUUGGAAAAAAGCAAGCCAGUGAUGCUGGUUGGAAAUGCUGGGGUAGGCAAAACAUUGCUUAUUGGGAAAUGCCUGGCCACCCUUUCAAAAGAUUUUCUGGUCUCAAAAGUUCCAUUCAACUAUUACACCAGUUCAGCAACAUUACAAAGAAUUCUUGAAAAACCCUUAGAGAAAAAAGCUGGUCGUAACUAUGGUCCUGUGGGAAACAAAAAAUUAAUUUAUUUUAUUGAUGACCUGAACAUGCCAGAAGUGGACAUUUAUGGGACAGUUCAGCCUCAUACACUAAUUCGGCAGCACAUAGAUUAUAGACAUUGGUAUGAUAGGCAGACAUUAACUGUGAAAGAAAUUAAUCACUGUCAGUAUGUUGCCUGCAUGAACCCCACUGUUGGCAGUUUUACCAUCAACCCACGACUUCAAAGACAUUUUGCUGUGUUUGCUAUGAAUUUUCCCUCUGCUGAUGCUCUGAGCACCAUCUAUGGCAAGAUUCUUGAUUUCCAUUUUCAGCUGUAUAAUUUUAACUCAUCUAUAUUAAAUCAUGGACCUUCCUUGAUUCAAGCUGCAAUAUGGCUUCACCAGACAAUGGUUCAGAGCUUUCUCCCCACAGCUAUUAAAUUCCAUUACAUUUUCAACCUCCGAGAUCUCUCUAACAUCUUCCAGGGGAUUCGGUUUGCUAAACUGGAGUGUCUGAAGCAUCCACAUGAUCUUGUUCGUUUGUGGCUUCAUGAGUCUUCACGUGUUUAUGGAGAUAAAUUGAUAGAAGAAAAAGAUUGCAAUUUGUUUUAUAAAAAGUUGAUAGAUACUGCACAUAAAUAUUUUGAGGAUGUGGAAGAUCAUAUUCUUCUUCAAAAACCUCUUAUUUACUGUCAUUUUGCAAAUGGUGUGGCAGACCAUAACUAUAUGCCUGUCAAAGACUGGGAAAUGCUGAGGAAGAUACUCCUUGAAGCUCUAGAAAACUACAAUGAAAUAAAUGCAUCAAUGAACUUAGUUUUAUUUGAGGAUGCUAUUCAGCAUGUAUGUCGUAUUAACAGAAUCUUGGAGUCCUCUUGUGGUUAUGCACUUUUGAUUGGAGUGGGUGGCAGCGGAAAACAAAGUUUAUCAAGACUAGCUGCCUACCUUGGCUCUCUUGAAGUAUUUCAAAUUACACUGAGAAAAGACUACACAAUAGAGGAUCUCAAGGUAGAUCUUGCCAGUUUGUAUAUCAAGACAGGUGCCAAGAACAUUCCCACUGUGUUUUUGCUGACAGAUGCUCAAGUUCCAGAUGAACACUUUCUUGUGCUGAUUAAUGACUUGUUGGCAUCAGGAGAAAUUCCAGAUCUGUUCACUGAUGAAGAUAGAGAUAGCAUUAUUGCAGGAAUGAAGAGUGAAAUACAUGAACUUGGUCUUACUGACACUAGAGAAAACUGUUGGAACUUCUUUUUAGAUAAAGUACGACUGCAACUCAAAAUCAUUUUGUGUUUCUCUCCUGUCGGUUCCACAUUGCGAGUUAGAGCUCGGAAGUUCCCAGCCAUAGUUAACUGCACAGCUAUUGACUGGUUUCAUGAGUGGCCGCAGGAGGCCCUGGAAUCCGUCAGCAGGAGGUUCAUUGAGGAGAUGCCUGGGAUUAAGGUAGAAGACUUAAAAUACAAACUUGCUUCUCAAGAAGCAGAGCUGCAACUGAGAAAUCAAGAUACUGAGGCUCUGAUUACUAAGAUAGGGCUUCAGACUGAGAAAGUGAGCAAGGAAAAGGCCAUUGCUGAUGCAGAGGAGCAAAAGGUGGUUGCAAUUCAAGUGGAAGUAUCUAGGAGACAGAAGGAAUGUGAAGAUGAUUUAAUGAAAGCUGAACCUGCUCUGGUAGCUGCUUCUGCAGCUUUAAAUACCCUUAAUAAGGUGAACCUUUCUGAACUGAAAGCUUUCCCUAAUCCACCAGAUGCGGUGACCAAUGUCACAGCUGCAGUCAUGGUCCUUUUGGCAAAUAAAGGAAAAGUACCAAAAGAUCGAACGUGGAAGGCUGCUAAACUUUUCAUGGGAAAGGUUGAUGAAUUCUUGCAAGCCUUAAUUAACUACGAUAAAGAACAUAUCCCAGAGAAUUGUUUGAAAGUGUUGAAGGAACAUUAUUUGAAAGAUUCAGAAUUCAGUCCAAAUCUCGUUCGUAACAAAUCAUUUGCAGCGGCUGGUCUUUGUGCCUGGGUUAUCAACAUAGUAAAAUUCUAUGAGGUAUAUUGCGAUGUGGAGCCCAAACGUCAAGCAUUGACCCAAGCAAAUGCUGAACUUGCAGCAGCCACUGAAAAGCUGGAAGCCAUCAGAAAAAAACUUGCUGAACUGGACCACAAUCUAUGUAAGCUCACAUCAUCAUUUGAAAAAGCAACAGCAGAAAAAGUCAGAUGCCAAGAAGAAGUUAGCCAAACCAAUAAGACUAUAGAGCUAGCCAACAGACUUGUUAAAGGACUUCAGUCUGAAAAUAUUCGUUGGAACCACUCAAUUAAAGCCUUUGAAGAACAAGAAAUAACUGCAUGCGGUGAUGUUUUGUUAACAGCUGCUUUUGUUUCUUAUGUUGGUCCCUUUACUAAACUUUAUCGUCAAGAGCUAGUAGAACAUAUGUGGCUUCCAUUUCUGAAAUUGCAAAAAAUUCCUAUUCCAACAAGUACAGAGUUAGAUCUGGUUGCCAUGUUGACUGAUGAUGCAAUGAUAGCAACAUGGAAUAAUGAAGGAUUACCCAGCGAUAAUAUGUCAAUAGAAAAUGCUGCUAUUCUAACAAACUGUGAACGCUGGCCACUUCUCAUAGAUCCUCAGCUACAAGCGAUUAAAUGGAUAAAGAAUAAAUAUGGAAGUGAUCUUAAAAUCAUGACUCUAGGAGAGAAGGGAUUUUUGAAAACUAUUGAAAGAACUUUGGCUUGUGGAGAUGUUGUCCUGAUUGAAAACUUGGAUGAGAAAAUAGACCCUGUGCUUGAUCCUUUGCUUGGAAGAAAUACCAUUAAAAAGGGAAAGUAUAUCAAAAUUGAAGACAGAGAAUGUGAAUUCAACAAGAAUUUCCGUCUCAUUCUUCACACUAAGCUGGCCAACCCCCACUAUAAACCAGAGUUGCAGGCUCAGACCACUUUAAUUAAUUUCACAGUCACAAAGGAUGGAUUGGAAGACCAGUUGUUGGCUGAGGUUGUUAGUACUGAACGACCAGAGUUGGAGACAGUGAAGUCUCUUCUGACCAAACAACAGAAUGAUUUCAAAAUUCAACUGAAGGUCUUAGAAGAUGAUCUACUUUUUCGCCUUUCUGCUGCUGAAGGCAGCUUCUUGGGAGAUACUGAACUUGUGGAAAAACUUGAAACCACAAAAUUAAUGGCGGCAGAGAUAGAAUUCAAGGCUGCAGAAGCCAGAGAAAAUGAAGUUAAUAUUAAUGAAGCCAGAGAGCAUUACAGACCAGCAGCUGCAAGAGCUUCUCUUCUUUAUUUUGUCAUUCAGGAUCUAAGCAAAAUCAAUCCCAUCUAUCAGUUUUCACUGAAGGCUUUCAACAAUGUAUUUCAUAAAGCUAUUGGGCGAGCUGAAGCAUCAGAUGAUAUCCAGGAACGCAUCUCCAACUUGACAGAAGCCAUAACGUAUUUCACCUACAUUUAUAUCAGCCAGGGACUUUUUGAGAGGGACAAACUUAUUUUUCUUGGCCAGGCAAUAUUUCAGAUUUUGUUGAGGAAUAAAGAGAUUGAACCUACCAUGCUGAAUUUCUUGCUACGAUUAAAAGUUGAACAUACCUAUAAAACUCCAGUUGACUUUUUAACAACUCAACCAUGGAGUGCUAUUAAGGCUAUUGCUUUAGUGGAUGAAUUCCGAGGAUUAGAUAAAGACAUUGAAGGUUCUGCCAAGAGAUGGAAAAAAUGGGUGGAAUCAGAAUGUCCAGAAAAAGAAAAACUACCCCAGGAAUGGAAAAAUAAAACUUCUUUUGAGAGACUUAUUAUACUACGAGCAUUGCGCCCAGAUCGGAUAAUUUAUGCUCUAAGAGAUUUUGUAGAAGAAAAGCUAGGUUCGAAGUAUGUGGAAGGCACAAGAAUAGACUUGGCCAAGUCCUAUGAAGAAAGCAGUCCAGCUACUCCCGUGUUUUUUAUUCUUUCCCCUGGGGUGGACCCUCUGAAAGACAUGGAAACACUUGGCAAGAAACUUGGCUUCACAAUUGACUGUGGGAAACUUCAUAAUAUCUCUUUAGGACAAGGGCAAGAGAUUGUGGCAGAGAAGGCAAUAGAAAAAGCUGCCAAACAUGGACACUGGGUUAUUCUCCAGAAUAUACAUCUUGUUGUGAAAUGGCUGGGCACCUUGGAGAUACUUGUGGAUAAAUACAGCAAAGGAAGUCACUGUGACUAUCGUCUUUUUAUCAGUGCUGAGCCUGCUCCAACUCCUGAAGAGCAUGUUAUACCUCAAGGAAUUUUAGAAAACUCUAUUAAAAUUAUUAAUGAACCUCCUAUAGGAAUGUUGGCUAACCUUCAUGCUGCUCUCUACAAUUUUGACCAGGAUACACUUGAGUUGUGUACACGAGAACAGGAGUUCAAAACUAUUUUCUUUUCUCUGUGCUAUUUUCAUACCUGUGUUGCUGGGAGAGUAAAAUUUGGACCUCAAGGAUGGAAUCGAAGAUACCCUUUUAAUAUGGGAGACCUCACCAUCUGUGUUAAUGUGCUCUACAAUUAUUUAGAGGCAAACACUAAAGUUCCAUGGGAAGAUUUGUGUUAUCUCUUUGGUGAGAUUAUGUAUGGUGGACACAUCACUGAUAACUGGGAUCGCAGACUGUGCCAUACAUAUUUGGAAGAAUUUAUGAAACCUUCACUGCUUGAGGGAGAUUUUACUUUGGCUCCUGGUUUUCCAUCUCCUCCCAAUCUGGAUUAUAUUGGCUACCACAAGUAUAUUGAUGAAAUGUUGCCCACUGAAAGUCCUACAUUGUAUGGUCUCCAUCCUAAUGCUGAGAUAGAUUUCUUAACAGUUCUGUCUGAUAACCUAUUCAAAACUCUGCUGGAAAUGCAACCUAGAAAUCUGCUUGCUGGAGAAAUUAUAGGACAGUCAUUAGAAGAAAAGGUGAAAAAUGUACUGGAUGAAAUUUUGGAAAAGCUGCCAGAAGAAUUUAAUUUAGCUGAGAUAAUGCAAAAGUCUGCUGUACGAAGCCCAUAUAUUCUUGUGUGUUUUCAAGAAUGUGAGAGAAUGAAUAUUCUCAUUAGAGAGAUACGGCGAUCAAUAAAACAAUUAGACCUUGGAUUAAAAGGUGAACUAACGUUUUCGUCUAGUAUGGAAACUUUACAAUCAUCACUGUUCUACGACCAGGUACCAGAUGCAUGGUCCAGUCUGGCUUACCCAUCUACAUACAGUCUUGCACAAUGGUUUAAUGGAAUUCUUUUGCGUUGCCGAGAACUUGAUACCUGGACACAAGAUCUUGUACUUCCUUCAGUAGUGUGGCUUUCGGGUUUCUUUAAUCCUCAAUCUUUUUUGACUGCCAUUAUGCAAACUACAGCACGGAAAAACAAUUGGUCUCUGGAUAAGAUGUGUUUGACUACUGAUGUUACCAAAAAGAGUAGAGAAGAUUAUGGUCAUCCACCAAGAGAAGGUGCAUAUAUUUUUGGACUUUACAUGGAAGGAGCAAGGUGGGACAUCCAAGCAGGAGUUGUAGCUGAAGCUCGUUUGAAGGACCUGACUCCAAUGCUACCAGUCAUCUUUGCCAGAGCAAUUCCAAUAGAGAGGCAAGAAACCAAGCACAUUUACAAAUGCCCGGUUUAUAAAACUAAACUUAGAGGGCCCACAUACACAUGGACUUUUAACUUAAAAACUAAAGAAAAGCCAUCCAAGUGGGUGCUUGCAGGGGUAGCCUUGCUCUUGGAAGUUUAG